AUGGAGACCAAAACUUUCGCAGAAUUAGGGAUCUGCGCACCUCUCUUGCAGGCACUAGAAGAACUCAAGCACACAACUCCCACCGAAAUACAGACAGGUUGCAUCCCGCAAGCUAUCGCCGGGCGAGAUGUCAUCGGUAGUGUUUGGAAGUUAGUCAUCGGUAUCGCACCCACCGGUUCCGGGAAAACGCUAGCUUUCGCGAUUCCUAUCCUCCACCGCCUAUGGGACAAUCCUCAAGGCUACUUUGCAUGUGUUCUUUCCCCUACUCGCGAGCUGGCUUAUCAAAUCUCGGCGCAAUUCGAGGCUCUGGGCGCAGCGAUGGGUGUCCGGUCGGUUGUCAUUGUCGGUGGCGACGACGACCGAGUUCAGCAGGCGGUACAACUCGCCCAAAAGCCGCACAUUAUUGUCGCUACACCAGGGCGGCUUCAUGAUCAUCUCAACUUUCACACCACUCAACCCAUCAUUCACCUCGGCCUACAGGUUCUGGACGAAGCAGAUCGUCUUUUGGACCUUGAUUUCCAGCGUGAAAUAACUGAAAUCAUGCAGUCAAUACCCAAGGAACGUUGCACGUACCUCUUCUCAGCUACCAUGACGGCAAACGUCUCCAAGCUACAGCGCGCAAGUCUCUCUGACCCAGUCCGCGUUGACGCAUCGUUGUUCAGGUACACCACAGUCUCCACCCUUCUCCAACAUUAUCUUCUAUGCCCUCUGGUGGAAAAAGAAGUCACACUGGUCUAUUUGAUCAACUCUUUGGCGCAGAAUCUGAUCAUCGUUUUUGUUCGAACUGUGGCUGACGCGAAGUGCCUAAGCAUCAUUCUACGCAGUCUCGGAUUUGAAGCCGUACCUCUUCACGGCGAGCUUACGCAAAGCCAGCGAUUGGGCGUGUUCACUAGAUUCAAAAGCGGAAAAAGCAGAAUAUUGGUAGCCACUGACGUGGCAAGCCGUGGCCUGGAUGUUCCCAAUGUUGACGUUGUCAUCAACUACGACGUUCCCACUCACUCGAAAGACUACAUCCAUCGUGUGGGACGUACAGCACGGGCAGGUAGAGCUGGCAAAUCCAUACUCAUGGUCACGCAAUACGAUGCCGAACUCAUGUUGCGUCUGGAGAAAGUCCUAAAUCGAAAACUAGACCUUUAUCCAACCGACUUGCAGGAGAUCGCGCUGCUCAAAGAGCGGGUGGUUGAAGCUGGAAGACUAGCCCGCAAUCAACUCAACGAAGAGAGCAAGGCUCGAGGAGGAGGUAAAAAGCGCCGUUACAAAUUGUCAGGUGGCGACGACAGGGAUAGGGAUGACGACGUGGUUGAAGCAGGGAUGCCUACCCUGUCGCAUAAAAAAAAACGGCGUACAUAG